CUGAUGUUCUUAUUCCCUUGUUUCUCUAUACUUAAAGAAGAAAUUUCUCUCAAAAGCUCAUUAUUCCGCGAACAAUGUCGAUUGUUGAAUAUCCCGACCGAAUCUCACAAAUUUUCUCAAAUAAAACAAUCCUCAUAACGGGCGCCACUAGUUUUCUCGGUAAAGUUCUCCUCGAAAAAAUAUUACGGUCCUGUCCUAGUGUUCACAAAAUCUAUAUUUUACUCAAUGACCCAAAUUCGACAUUCAAAAACUUAACUAAUGAUCCGCUUUUCAGACAGCAAGAGUUUCAAAUUUUCGACAAAAUUGUCCCGAUUUUGGCCGAUAUUUCUCUCCCCGAACUCGAUUUAUCUCCUAAUCAUCGAGAAAUAUGUGAAAACGUUGAGAUUAUUUUUCAUUGUGCUGGAAUUGACUCUGAUUUCAAAUACACAAUCCUAACAAAUGUCAGAGGAACGAAAUUGAUGCUCGAAUUGGCCAAAAAGUGCCAAAAAUUGAAAAUUUUUACUUUUAUAUCGACCGCUUUUUGCCAACUUGAUGAAGAAAUUCUGUACGAAAAAGUGUACCAAAGACGCGAAAAUCCCCAGAAAAUUAUCAAAAUUUGUGAAAUUCUCGACGACGAUAUGAUUGAAUUAAUUAAACACAAAAUUUCAGGAAACUUCCCGAAUUUUUAUACUUUCAGUAAAGCUUUAAGCGAAAAUUUAAUCGCCGAUGAAAUAAAUAACAUACCUGUUGUUAUUUUCCGACCUUCAGUUGUGGUGCCAAUAUUGCGAGAACCUUUACCGGGUUAUAGUGAUAUCAACAAUCCGGUGGGUCUUUUAAUUAGUGUAGGAAAACCUCUUAUUAGGUCUUUCUACUGUAAAAACAACGCCUACUUGGAUUGUAUCCCUGCUGACAUUAUUGCCAACACACUCAUGUUUAGUGUCUUUGAUUUUAUUACCAACAAUGGACAACGACGAGUUUACAAUGCCGUCUCCUCAAAUCAACAUAAAAUUCCUUUUAAACAAGUUGUCGAAAUUGUGCAAAAUUUAAUUGAGACCAAUUUAGUUUGGUGGUAUCUCGGGGGAUCCCUCAUCACCCAUUCAAAAAUAAAACAUUACGUAUAUGUUGUCUUGUUUCAGCUACUUCCGGCUUUCAUCAUCGACGCCAUUUUAAUUUUAUUCCGACAAAAACCAAUUUUAGUCCCCAUACAAAAAAAAGUACUACAGGGGUACCAACUGUGUGAAUUUUAUGUUAACAAAACAUGGAAUUUUGACAAUUCUAAUACUCUGAAAGCAACUGAAAAUUUAAAUCCGAAAGAACGCGAGAUUUACAAAAUGGAGGUUUCUAUUAGUGACAAUUCUAAGGAUUAUUUCACGAGUUGUAUACAUUUUGCUAGACUCUAUCUGUUGAAAGAGACAGACGAACAAAUGAUGGCAAAAAAAAUAAUGAAAAUAAUGUGGUGUUUGGAUCAGUUGGUGAAAAUUGUUUUUAUUACGUUGGUAUUUCAUUACAUGUGUAAUUUGCUGUUUUAAACAAAAAAUAAAUUUAGUGUUAAGGCUG